AUGUCUGUGCUGUCCAACAAUCAUUCAACCUUAUCGCAAGAAACCCACAGUGGUGAAGCAAUUACUGGUAAGAGGUCGAAGAUGCCAACUCCACAUACAGAGUCAACAUCUAAAAGUCUCUCUUCCAAACCUGGAAUGGAAACCCAGUUUGUGCCGUCAGAAAUCCCAGAAGAGGAUGAAGAAAACCCAAUGAAAAAUCCAUUUACAAUUCCUCCAGAUAUCGAUAUUUUCUCAAUAAGGGACAAGGAAAGAAAAAAGGCUAAGGCGGAACAAGAAAGGAUGAAGACCAUGAAAAUCCAUGAGAAAAUGACUUACUCCACUAAAAUAAAAGCAAAGCAAAAAGGGUUCAGGAAGGCUCUGCAAAAGGAGGAAGAAGAGGAGGGCAGAAAACAGGCAACAAAUGAAGAGAGACUGAAAAGUCUUCAGGAGAGUCUUUCAUGGAAGAUCGCCAUUAAAAAAGAUCACCCAUUAGAAAAGGAGACUUUCCGUGACUAUAUAAAUGACAGAAGAGAGAUAUUUUUACUUGAGUAUGCCAUGGCAGUAAAGCGAGAUGAGAUUCAAAGGAUGGAGAAUGUAGCAAAGAACGAGGAAAGAAAACUGGAAAAGGCUGAAUACUACCUGGAGAAGGAUGCUGCCAUGUUUGAUGAGUUUCUGAAGGAGAACCAUAAAAACUCUGUUCAAGCUCUGAAAAUUGCCGAAAAAGAAACCGCAGCAAAGACAAAGAAAAUAACGGAGAUCCAGGCAAUCACUUCCCAAAUAGAGAACCUCCAAAGUGAUAUAUCCAGAUUCAAGAAUACUCUGCAGGAGUACAAGAUGUACAGGGACUUCCUCUAUCAACUAUCUCCAAAAGAGUGGCAGGAGGAACAUGGAAAAAAGCACACAAAGGAAAAGGAUUUGAAAACAGCAUCCAAAGCUAAGGAAGAAAGUCCCUCACCUCCCACCACCACAGAGCAGGGUGAGUGCCAGGGAAGAGCUGCCCACCCCUCACUGGGACAGCCCCAUGCUCUAAGUGUACAUCUCUUCUUGCCUCCAGGACAGGGUCUGACAGCCAGGACAAACGCUGCCAGUCCCUAUAGUACCAGUUAUAUAGAUGUGCCAAGUUCCCUGCUGUCUUCAAAGAGUUUGGAUUUCAGGACAUUACAUGAGAUCAGGCCACAGCUCAAAAACUUCCUGAAUCCUCUAUCAACAAGAAAACUAAGUUCAUUGGAGGAUGCACAAAGCGAAACCUGCUCGGACGAAGAUGAGGAGCCGGAGUUGUAUUUUACUGAUCCCCAACAACUGCUGUCUAUUUUCACGGAGAUGGAGGAAGAGAACUUGUCCUUCAUCCAGAAUUCCCAGGAGAUCGAGGAAAGUUUGGACAAGGUCCAACACACUUUCAUCACCACACAUGAAAGCAUGGAGAAGAAGUUAGCAGAGCUGAAACAGCAGGUAGUCACUCUCAAAUCCUCCAUCGCCAAGGAAGAAGAGAGAGUAGCAGAUCUGAAACUCAAAGUUCACCUCUUUUCCUCUGGAGAAUACCAAGCUGAUGACCAGGACAAAAUGCUAACGAGCCUGAACAAGAAGGUGCUGGAAGUCUAUUGCCAGUGCACUGGAGAAAAUGAGGCAAACCUGCAGACAGUGCAGAUGCUAAUGGUCAUUGAAAAACAGCUCAAUGAUUUACUGGACAACCUGGAGAGAAUCCCACCAGCAAAGAUAGAACAGGCUGAGAAAGCCAAAAAAAAGGAACGGAGGAUAAGGCUCAGAGAGGAAAAGCUGAGACAUCAGAAGCAGCAGCAGGAGGAAAGAUUGCAAAGGGCCCUGGAAAGAUCACAGGCAGCUACAAAAAAAAAGAGCGGCAGGAGGCUGGUGUUCUGUUCCAAUCCACCUGCCAGGAAGGAGAAAAAGCACAGCCAAGAACAAAUGGAUAAGGAGAAGGAAGAGCAACUCUAUUAUUUCACUUGA